UAUAUAUAUAUUAUAUACACCGAUUUUAAUCAGAAAAAGAGAAAUUUUAAUUUUUCUCGAUAUAUUUAAUGGAAAAGUGGUGCAUAACGCAGACGUAACAGUAGUGAAUAUAUACGAAUUGAAUAAUAACAAAAAUCGAGAAGCGCAAGCGUGACUUUGGAGCAUAAAAUUCUGCAUCGACGCACAUUAACAGGAGUCAGAGACGAGUGUUAUUUUUUUUUCCUCCAAUAACUAAAAAUUAUUACUCAAUAGAGUAAGUUUCACGAAAGGAAUGUUUAAUUGCCAAUAAAUUAUUAUAUCCACAUGGAUUUUUGUAUUUGCAAAUUAGAAAGGAAAAACUGUGAUUUUUCUUCUCUUUGGGCGGUGGCAGGUUAAGUUUUGAUUUAUUCCUUUGCCAGAGCGAAGGGAGCAGUAAUUGAGAGGAAUCAAGUUUAAAAGUGAGAAUUCGAUUGACAAAAAUUAUGGAGGAUGAUGAGCAGGAAGAAUUACGUUGCACUGGAAGUGACGUUGAAAUUGAGGAAUAUUCAGACACUGAAGAACCACCAUUCGUUGGUUAUCAAUCGUCGGAGAAACCCUUUGACACCGACAGUCCUAAUUGGAAAAAAUUCAGUUUUAUUUUUACACUCUGUAUGGUUAUUAUCUCAGUUACAAUUCUCGUAAUUAGUUUUCCACUUUAUCUGGAAAGUGUCAGUGCCGUCUCUAAUGGAUAUUCAGCACUACUAUUCACUGCAUUUGGUUCCGUUUGUAUUCUGGCCGUUGUUUAUUUCGUUAAAGAAAAGAUUUCGCCAUCGCCAAUUCCAAUUCCAAGCAGCACUAGAAUUUCAAUACCACGUAAUGUUAUUUUGAAAAUCAGUUUGCUGUAUGCGACUUCAGGUAUUCUCAUCGGUCUAUCCUUGGACCAAAACAGAGUCCUUUGUCAUUUGCAAGAUCCGAUAAAAGGCAUCGUCCUUGUUUUUUCACUCAUUUAUUAUUUCUUCUUUUGUCGCAAAAUGAUGAGUCUACAGCGCAUAUUCUCGAGUACAACAAUAAUUGUGGGACUUUUUAUAAGUGUCGAUUAUGGACUUUGCGACGAGUUUCGUUGCAGAGGAAGGGAAACUUCCGGUCACACUAUGCAAAUGCGAGGAUCUUGGGGAAUAAGAGCUGUUUGGACGUUUGUCUAUGUGCUUGCACUUGCUGCUUUUACCAUGUUUUUCACGAUUCUUGAACGUCUCUUUACCACUGGGAACACUGGGCCUCUGCUGCCGACGAAUCACAGCAAUUUCCUGCACACGGUGUCACGUUUGGUGUCCUCGCGUGACGUGAGACGAAGAAGCACUGUCGAGGACGGCGGUCGAUUGUUGCACGUCACUGAUCCGGAUCCAACAAUAAAACCAAAAACCUUUCCAAAACCACCGAUUUUAGAAACACUUUUAUACAUACACAUUGUCACAUUUAUCGUGAUUUUGCUCUUCACCUGGAUCGAUACUUUGCCCGGGAUUGGAAGAGGACUUCUCCCGGCAGAUCUAUAUCGGACAAUCAAAUAUGGUUUAAUGUGUCACGUCAAGGGAAGCAGCUCUUGCACUAAUGUAUCAGGACAUGCUUGGACAUUUUUAGGCGCCUAUGUGAUGUUUGUUAUUUCAAUUUUAAAUUUCCUCUCCAUGUGCGAAAGUGCCGUUUUUAGUGUCGCUGCCACAACUGUCUCGUUACCAUUGUCAGGUAUAUGGUGGAGCAUCUAUAAAAUGGAUAUUGGCGUCAAUGGAGGAUGGAUCACUUUGUCGCCGGGCGUCACGGGAGAAUUGAUAUGUGCUCUUCUCGGUCUUCCUGUCGUUCUCCUCGGUUUAGGAUUAUUGACAAAAUCACAUUUCAAAGACACUUUGCCCCCCUAUCAGAUACUUCAAUCACAAAGCAUUCAAAGUGAAUCCUUUUGUAGGUAAAUUUACACAAUAUAGAGAAAAAAAACUUUUAUUUCAACAUAAAAAAAAUUGUUGCUAGGGUUUUUAGCAUAAAUAUAUAUUAACGAAAACAAAAUCCGCCCAAAGAUAUGAGUGAACGUUUAAAAAAUAGUUGCGCUUCCUAGGUAAAAAAAAGAAACGUCAAAAAGACCAAAUUCGAAUUUCCUGUUUUAUUCUCUCUAUACGAAAUUUGACUUUUUAAAGUUGGGAAAGUUUCCAAAAAUUUUAACACGGAAGCUAUAAUUUUGUGAUUCUCAAUUAAAAAUUGUAAAUUGUCGCAGAAUUAUUAAUUAAUUUAAUUAAUAAUAAUAAUUAAUUAUUAAUUUUAUUAAUAUUAAUUCUGACAUUUAUUUGAACAUCUUAAUCGUUCUUCUAACAAAUCUUCUCUUAUUUCAAUAUUUAUUAUAAAUCUAACAAGUUAAAAAACUUUAAAUAGCCUAAUUCAGAAUACUGAACUCUUCAAAAAUCUUGUUUUCUCAAUUAAAGGUUAAGAAAUAUCGAAAGAAAUGAAAAUUUUUUACACAUAAAAAGAUUUUUUUAAAGCUGAAAAAUUUCUCU